AUGACCAUCAUCACAACCGAAAACAACAGCAACCAACCAUCAACAACAGCAACAGCAACAGCAACAACAACAGCAACAACUGAACCCAAUAACAACAUCAACGAACAACCAUCAGCAGAGGCAAUUGCUUCCCUCAUCACCCAAGUCUCUCCCCCAUCCGACCAGGUCAACACAGGACCAUCUACUCAAGAAACAAACCCACAAACAACUCAAGCCGAUCAGAACAAGCCAUCCGCAUCAGCCGAGGAACAGCAACACCAAGCAGACUCGCAAGCCAGCAUCAUCAACAACACCACCACCAUCCCUCCUGAGGAACCGUCGACGGCCAGUCGGGAAGGUACCUAUCAUACCAUCGCCACCACGGCUGACCAGACACUCGUCGACAAUAACGACUCCACACUCCAAAUCACUUCCGAUCAGUCCACCAACAAGCCACUCUCCACCCCCGAGCCUGAUCCUCUUCUCACAUCUACCACCGCUCAGCAGGACCUAAAGAAAGCCGAUACAACCUCGGCUUCCAAGCCAAAAACCACUGACACCACCACCACUGCUACCAGUCCCCAGCCAUGUCCACCAUCUGUCGCACAAGCCAAGCCACCACCUGCAAAUCCGACGACCUCUCAAGCGGGACCAUCGGCCACCCCGACAAAAACCGGUCGACAGCCCAAGACGCCCACACGCAAGAAACUGAUCCGCUUCCUCCUUCCCUGUUUCCAUCCCUCGUUACACGACGACCAUUCGACGACGAUCAGCAAACCUCCUCCACGCCCAACGACCCAGGACUCUCCAGGGACAACACGAGAGAUGAGCGAACGAGUAGAACCCACCACAACCAGCUCGUUACAGCCUUCAGGGACAACAACGUCGAGACGGUCGCCAAUAGUGCUUGCCAAACAACAUCUCAGGAAGUCGAAGAACAACAGCAACAACAACACGACGAGUCGGAGGAGUUCGACCAAUCUUGCCCGACGGACACCAUCCAGUCAAUGUCUACCCACCCCAGUCUCGGACACGGUGACGCCUGCUGGAGCGGCGGCGGCGACCUCUGCGGCGAAUGCGCAUGGAGGGGCGGGGGUUCAAGUGCCGAUGGCGGAGACGGAAGGGGUAUUGAGUGGGGCGGUAGUGCCACCGGGCAAAGACACGAUAGCGCUGAAGAAGUCGAUCUCUGGGCUGCGAUUGGUGGCCCGCACCCACUCGGACUCGCCCAAGAACUCGAUCAUCCACCAACAAAGCAACUCUAGCAAGGACAUCAAGAGUAAGACCGAGUCUUCCGAGGAGGAGCCCAGUAGCUUCGGCCCCGAUGAUCCCAACCAAACCUACCAGGAUAUCGAACAUUCCGACGACGACGACGAACAGGAGGACGAUGAUGACGAGGAGGACCGCAUCGUCGCCAUGGGCGGCAUGGGCAUCCCUCUCGCCCCCGACGGCUCCCCCAGGCCCCUCCUCGCGCCCCUCGACUCUAGCCUUCAGGGCCGCAAAUGUCUGGUGCUUGAUUUAGACGAAACACUUGUGCAUUCGAGCUUCAAAGUGAUUCCACAGUCAGAUUUCGUAGUCCCAGUGGAGAUCGAAAACUCGGUCCAUAACGUCCAUGUGAUCAAGCGGCCCGGGGUGGACGAGUUCAUGCGCAAGAUGGGCGAGAUCUACGAGGUGGUCGUCUUCACGGCCUCGUUGUCCAAGUAUGCUGACCCGGUGCUCGAUAUGUUGGACAUCCAUCACGUCGUCAAACAUCGGCUGUUUCGCGAAAGUUGUUAUAAUCAUAAGGGCAAUUACGUUAAAGAUUUAUCUCAAUUAGGAAGACCGAUCUCUGAUACCAUAAUUAUUGAUAACUCGCCCGCCUCAUACGUCUUUCAUCCCAACAACGCCGUCCCGGUCUCAUCAUGGUUCAACGACCCACAUGACACCGAGCUGACUGACUUGGCCGCUUUCUUGACCGAUAUCGCCAACGUCCCUGAUGUCCGUGGGAUCCUUGAUCCCAGACUUUGAGGCCCCUCUCGAUCGAGUCUUUCCUCCUUCCUCUCGCUUUCUCUUUUCCGCCCGCUUCUGCCUCUCCCUCUCUCUGUCUCUUACAUCUCUC